AUGGCCAUCGCAUCCUCGUCAUGGGCGAGUGUCCGUCGCUUCGCACAUCGAUUUCGGGAGGUUAUUGGACAUACUUGGUAUCUUGGGCUCACGGCAUUUGGGGGUCCACCUGUGCACUUUAAGAUCUACCAAGAGAUAUUCGCUCUCUGCCAAGCGCUCUCCGGACCAGCCAGCACAAAGCUACUAUACUCUAUGGUUCUCAUCCACUAUGGCUUCCUACCAGCUGUAUUAGCACUUCUUACCUGGAGUCUUCCUGGUGCUCUAGGCAUGUACGGCCUUUCCGUCGGCGUCUCUCACAUCGGCGAAACUCUUCCACGGCCAGUCUACGCGCUCCUUUCUGGGCUCAACGCUGCUACAGUUGGCAUUAUUGCGCUUGCCGCCGUCCAACUGGCUCAAAAGUCUAUCACGGACAAAUUGACUAGGAUCCUAGUCUUCCUAGGUGCAUGUGCAGGGUUGAUGUAUAAUGCCUUGUGGUACUUCCCAUUGUUGAUGUUCCUAGCGGGUAUUAUGUCUGUUAUUUACGAUUAUCGUGUUCUCCAUCCUGCUGCGAGAUGCAUCAUGAGCCUAGUGGGUAAGAAAAGGCAACCAAGCAUUGAAGAGGAGGACAUGGAAAUACCCACCAGGACAUCAGAAACAGAAGAUGCAGAUCGGGUUCAAGCAGGAAAGCCACGUUCAAGUCAGCUAACGGUCAAACGUGGCGAUCCAUCAUCCCUAGCGUCCGUCACGGAACCAUCAGGAGAAACUGGGGAGCGUCGCAUCAUUCCCCCUGCCCGAUUGAUCAACAUAUCCUGGCAAAUAGGCACCAUAAUAGUGGUCUCAUUCUUCGUCGUAUUCAUCGCUAUCAUGGUCCUUCGAGCAACUCUACCUAAUCGCCCUCUCUUAUUCCGUCUCUUCUCCAACAUGCUCCUCGCCGGUACCAUCAUCUUCGGAGGUGGCCCGGUUGUCAUUCCCCUACUCCGAGAAUACGUCGUGAGUGAAGGCUGGGUUUCUCCUCGGGAUUUCCUGAUUGGUCUUGCUAUCAUACAAUCUUUUCCGGGCCCCAAUUUCAAUUUUGCCGUCUAUUUGGGUGGGCUCACUGCGGUCUUUGGCGGAUACAAUACUGCUCUCGGUGCUAUCUUGGCAUAUUUGGGGAUAUUUUUGCCCGGUAUCAUACUUGUACAUGGAACUAUGGGCCUCUGGAGCGCGAUUCGAGCUCGACGAUGGGUUAAGAGUGGACUUAGGGGUGUCAAUGCCGCAGCCGUUGGUCUAAUUUACACUGCCGUGUAUAGGUUGUGGCAGAUUGGGUUUGUCGACGCUGGAUUCGCGUCAGGCAAGAGUCUGGGUGAUGACCCGUGGUGGGUCGUUGUUUGUGCAACGAGUUUUGUUGGGGGGAUGUGGUUUAAUGUCAUCCCGCCGGUGGCAAUUCUUUUAGGUGGGGUUUUGGGAAUGGCCAGAUAUUUGGUUGUGACUUCGUAG